UGCUAUUUUGUCGCGACUUCUUCAUCUCUCCCUAAUCUGCUAUUCCCUCCAUCCCUCGCCGGCCGAUCGUCUUGCUCCGACGAUAAACUCAAAUCCAUCUCUCUCUCACUUCUUCUUCGGCCUCCAAUCCUCCACAGUCCACAGUUCACACGGUUGUAGCCUCCGACAGUCCGAACUCCGACGUUAAAAUGGCUCGGCCUCGACGAUUGCGUCUUCUUCGUCGGAGCAGUCUUCUCAGAACUCAAGCUUCAUCAAAGACUCGAGCUUGAUGUUAGUCUCAGAUUCAGGGAGUUUUGAAGUGGCUCAAAUAUUAUCGGAUUUUCUUCUUCAUGCAAUGCAACAUGCAACUGCACCGGGACCUAUUCGAUGAAAUUUCUGUGUUCACUGAGAAUCUCGUCAAUAAAAUGAUCAAAAAGCACAUUGUCGAGUUGCAGAAGUGUCAAUGACAAUUUUAAGCCUCGUCGCAGAUGGCCAUCAAUCUUGUGUUGCAAAAGUCAAGAAUAGUUUGAAGCUUCCAAUUACUUCUUCUUUCGGACACUUACAUUCCAGCAAAAGUGGCAGCCGGAGGAGUUACAGUAGCGGCCCAUGCUCGAUCUACACCAACGAGACGCAUCCCAUUCUCCAAUCCAGCGGGCUACAACACUGGUUCAAGAACUGGCAGCACCUGCGGCAGAACAAGCUGACGGCAAGCACUUUCUCCUUGGCCAUCGGCAUGUGGCCUCGCGGGCGGGCCCGCCUCUGGCUCGAAAAGCUCGGGGCCAUCGAACCCUUCACGGGCAACCUGGCCACUUGCUGGAGCAACAUCAAGGAGGAGGAGGCCCUCGAGAGGUACAAGCUUAUAACCGACAACGCUGUCACGUAUCCCGAGUUCCAGGUUCACAACUCAAACGACGACAGCUGGCUGGCAGCCUCCCCAGAUGGGGCCGUCGAAAGCUUCUACUACAACGUGCCCAUGUGCGGGGUCCUCGAGGUUAAGUGCCCGUUUUUUGGCGGGAACAUGGAACAGGCCAUUCCUUGGAAGCGGGUCCCGCUGCACUACAUUCCCCAGGCGCAGGGGCUGAUGGAGAUCCUCGACCUCGACUGGAUGGAUAUGUACGUGUGGACGGUGAAUGGGAGUAGCCUGUUCAGGAUCCAUCGAGAUAAGGAGUACUGGAGACUUCUCAAGAUUGCGUUGUGCGAUUUCUGGCUGAAGCACGUCCUGCCCGCGAAGGAGAUAUGCGAACAGAAAGUGAUCACUAAUCCGUUCGUCGAGUUGAAGCAGUUCAGGCCAGCCCCGAAGCACGAGCUGUUUCGAGAGAUUGUGUAUGGGAGCAAGGUGGUGGUCGACAACUCGGAGCUGUUGAUUCGUGAGAUUAAUGGCAAGCUGCAAAACUGACUUGGCAAAGAUGUAAUUGGAUUGGCUGCAGUUCAGGUGAUAUGAGAUGAAGAAAAUAAGAUGGUCGAUUGAUGUGGGUGCGAAUUGGUGGCAGGUCGGUGAACGCAUGGAUAAGGACUGGGGAUCUGGGAGGUUGUUCUCUUUACAAGAACAAAUAAGUCAUAAGAUAAGCUUCAUAGAGGAGGAACUUGGAGUUGUUGAAGUACCUAUAGUGCUGGUCGGCCUUCCAUUGGUUCAUAUAUCUCUCUUGAAAUACUAAGAAGAUGUCACGAGAAGGUCAUAUACUGCAUUGGCCUAUACCCAUUUUUGGCUCUCAACGAUAAUCCUCGGCAUAGUCCUCAAUUAAAAAAAUUGCAGCGCCCACUUCCGGGAGCUCUUCCAGGAGUUUUUGUGGGGAAGAAAGUGGAGAAAUGAAGCUGGGGAUUUUAAUAGUGUUUGUUAGACGAAAUGAGACGGCCUCACGUUGAGGAAGAUGGGUGGGGUGGGGUGGGACCCAGUGGGGGGUUAGGUUGAAUGGGUAAGACGGGUCAAAGGACUACUUGUCUUGAGGGUGAACGAGUCAACAUUGAGUUGGGCCAUCUCUACUGUAAUAAACGAUGUUCAACAGCACAACUCAUAUUUGAACGUUCAAACAUGACAACUAGGAAAUAUACAUGUAUCAGUCACACACAGUGUCUACUUCUUUGUCAUUAUUUAGUAUAUCACAAGUUUGGUUGGAGAUGAAUCACAUUCAAGCCAAGAAUGAACUCUCAAGCCACCGUCAAUUUUGAAGGCAACUCUCCAUGAAAAUAUCAACCCAAUAUUAGCCGAGUCAUGAAAUGGUUGGGGGACAAAUAUAAUGGUUGCGGGACAAAUAUACGGUGGGAAUAUUAUAUUCAAAGUGCUCAAAGCCCGGCUGGUAUACUCCGGGCCCAGCCCAAUAUCGUUGUUGUCCCCCAUCAAUAAUAAUAAGGUCAUCCCAUUUACGGGGGCCUUUCCUAUGGCCGAUCUUUUUUCGUUUAUUACCUUACCUUGUAUGUGUGCAGGUGACCAUCUCUAUGUAUGUGUGUUGUUGCACGAUUAUGUGUUUCUAUGAAAUAAUUGUAUAAACGUUUUGUUGAUUAAUUCAAAUUUGUUCUCACCUAUCAAGGCUGAAUUAAUUUUUAUGGGAAUUGUUGUUCAAAUUUAUGCC